AUGAGAAAGCCAGAGCAGGGGUCAGGGUUUAUCGAGGCCUGCAUACGGAGCGCGAGUCAAAGCAACAGCGUUGGAAUUAAAGCGGCCCCAGACAUUUGCCCACAGGUCACAACUUUAAAUGACACCGAAAUAACGGACAGGAUUUGCAGGUUCGAAACUCUCAAAGUUUCUCUGCAUCGGUAUCUGUGCGACAUACCAAGUGACAAUGGUAUGCACAUAAUGAGCACACAACCGAGAUCGGACUCCACAAUCCAUCUUUCCACGUGUAUCGUUGCCUCUUUUACACCAUACUGGCCCAAUCGAGAUUUGUCCCAAUCUCAAGUAAAACAACGGAACCCAGGAACAAUGCAGCUACAAAAAAUGCGGGCUUCGGUACAGGGUUAUGUAGGAACGAAUUCAAGAGUAGCAAGCUCACCGGCCGCAAAUAAACGAACAGAUAUCGGAAAAACUGGAAGCGAAGAGAAUAUGACAGAACAGAGUAGAUUGGGAAGAACACUACGAAUGAAAAGCCAGGAGAAUAAGAUGUCCAAAAACCACAAGAAAAAGAAAAAGAAAACUCUCUCCCCUCCUCUCACUCUCCUUGUCCCUCCCCACCGAUACUCCCACAGUCGAUAA